UCGUUUUGCCAGUCAGUUAGGGCAUAUAUAUUCUCUCUCCUCUCACUACUGUAAAUUCAAUUGUAAUUGUAAUGGCACUUCGUCUCAGCUUUGUAACAUCAUUCUCUCCCUUUUCCGAUAGCAAUAUUCACGUCAUUUUCUCCAAUUUCCAUGGCGAAUCCUUCAAACCAAGUAGAUGUAAAGACUGUAGCCUCUUCAUUGUGUCCGCCGCGCAUUCAAACGCCAAAAUUCUCAAGACUAAUCGUCGCUCUAAGUACGGCGUUAACCUCUCCACUUUUUACGACACCGACCAAGGCGAGGAGGAACACGAUGAAGAUGAUGAUGAUAACUUGACUGCUGAGGAUCAGUUUGUGCCAAUGAAAGAAUAUGGCUCCAAUAAACAGAAGAGAUACAAUUUAAAAAAUAUUACCAAAGUUACAGUUAACCAUGUAGAUAGAACAUGGGAUGCAAGAUCUUCAAAACAAGGUAGUUUUGAAAUUGAUGUAUCCGGAUCAGUCGAAAGUAAUGGUAGGAAUUCAUUUGGAGGGUCAGGAUUUUCCUAUGGCUCAAGUAAGAUGAGAAAUAGCUCCGGUGAAGGUAACAGAGAAAAGCUGAAGAUGGGAAGCUCUACAAGGACCAGGUUUCCUCGUAUGUCAGAAGAAUUAGAUUUAGAUGAGAAAUGGUUACCUCUUCUUGAUUAUCUGGCUACUUUUGGGCUUAAAGAGUCGCACUUUAUUAAAAUGUACGAGAGGCACAUGCCGUCCCUCCAAAUAAAUGUGGGGUCUGCACAAGAACGAUUAGAAUAUCUGUUGAGCGUGGGUGUUAAGCACAAAGACAUCAGAAAGAUACUCUUGAGACAGCCUCAGAUUCUAGAAUACACAGUAGAGAACAAUCUGAAAUUGCAUGUUGCAUUUUUGGAGAGUUUGGGCAUACCGAAUUCUAGAUUAGGACAGAUAAUCACAGUUACUCCAUCCUUGUUUUCUUAUAGCGUGGAGAAUUCGUUAAGACCCACUGUGAAGUACUUGCUUGACGAGGUUGGCAUAAACAAGAGCGAUCUUGGUAAAGUUGUGCAUCUGAGUCCUCAAAUCCUGGUUCAGCGGAUAGACAAUUCGUGGACAAUGCGGUACAGUUUUCUGUCAAAGGAAUUAGGGGCUUCCAAAGACAGUGUUGUAAAGAUGGUCACAAAACAUCCACAAUUCCUCCAUUACAGCAUUGAAGAUGGACUGUUACCCAGGAUUAAUUUUCUAAGGAGUAUUGGGAUGAGUAAUUCUGAGAUAUUGAAAGUGUUGACUAGACUUUCACAGGUUUUCUCACUCUCCCUAGAGGACAAUCUGAAACCAAAAUACAUGUAUUUAGUGAAUGAACUUGGAAACGAGGUUCAGUCAUUGGCUAAAUAUCCAACUUAUCUAAGUUUAUCUUUAGACCAGAGAAUUCGUCCGCGACACAGGUUUCUAAUUGCAUUAAAAAAGGCCCCAAAGGGGGCUUUUCCUUUGAGUUCAUUGGUUCCAUCAGACGAAGGCUUUUGCAAGCAAUGGGCUGGCACGACUGUGGAUAAAUAUCUGGCAUUUAGACAGAGGUUAUUACUCAGGGAGUUUGCACAGAAGUAUGAAAAAUAGUUUUGGAAGAUCUCUUUUUCCCAAACUCAAAACAUUUUAUUGCUGUUCAUCAACCAUAUCAGUCGGUAUGACAUUGGCUAUGAGCUUGUGUUCCAAUUCCAAUUGCAGGGUUCUUCUUGCUGAUCUUAUAGUAUAAAGACCCAAUAAUGACCUAGGACAAUGAACAACAACAAAUAGAGGAGGCACCUGAAUGAGGUAAAUCUACCCUUGAAAUUGUUUGUACUUUUGUAUUAGAAAAGGUUGGAUAUUAUAUUAGAAUUGAUGUUGUGCAGACAUAUUUUGUUACUUGUAAAAUAUUGAGACUGAUUGCUUUUC